UGGACCCAUACAGACGCUCCCAAUUCUGCGAGCCUCGGGUCCACUCUUUUUCGACAGAGACGUCUGCUUUCCCAGGCUAUAUUUAACUCCUGUUCUCCCUGCCUUUUAAUGAGGCGGUGGAUGCGUAAUUGCGCCAUGCUUCCGCUCAACACUGUCUGCUUUUUUAUUCCCGGAGCCGAAAGGCAGCCUUUCGACACCGAGAGGAGGCUGAGAUGUGUGUUGUGAGCCGCUUGUCUGCUGAGCCUUGCGAGAUGGGGUAUAAAAAUAAAACUAACCCGGGCUGCCUUUAUUCAGCAGGGACUGGACACACAGACAGGGACGUGUUACGUGCCGGACACUUGUGAGAUGAAGGACAAGAAGAAGAAGAAAAAGAAAUAUUAGAUGUUUUUUUGGAUUGUUUUUGGGAAGGGGAUGAUCGGGAUGGAUGUUUAUUUGUUCAUCAUAUGCAGGAUACUAACGCUGAAGAGAUGUGGGGAUAAUGUGCGAAUACCCAACCUCCAUGGCGAACACAAGCGAGUUAGGAGAGAGCAGCAGCCCGUCCUUCCACAACUACGCGUCGGCGGCCUCUGCGGUCAAGCUGGCCUCUCUGGGUCUGAUCAUGGGCAUCAGCCUGCUGGGAAACGUGUCUCUGUCUCUGCUGUUGCUGAAGGACAGCUCCCUGCACAAGGCUCCCUACUUCUUCCUGCUGGACUUGUGCCUGGCAGACGUGGUGCGCUCCGCCGUCUGCUUCCCCUUCGUCAUGGCAUCCAUCAGCGGCGGAUCAGCCUGGCCGUACAGCGCGCUCUGCUGCAAGCUGGUCGCCUUCAUGUCGGUGCUUUUCUGCUUCCACGUCGCCUUCCUGCUGUUCUGCGUCAGCGUCACCCGCUACAUGGCGAUCGCCCACCACCGCUUCUACUACAAGCGGAUGAAUGUGUGUACGUGCGCGGCCGUGAUCUGCAUGGUGUGGACGCUCUCCGUGGCCAUGGCGUUCCCCCCGGUGUUUGACGUGGGCACCUACAAGUUCAUCCGUGAGGAGGAGCAGUGCACCUUCGAGCACCGCUACGUGAAGGCCAACGACACGCUGGGCUUCAUGCUCAUGCUGGCGGUCAUCGUGGGCACGACGCAUGUGGUGUACGUGAAGAUGCUGUGCUUCGUGUACGAUCAUAGGAAAAUGAAGCCGGCUCAGCUGGUGCCAGCUAUAAGCCAGAACUGGACAUUCCACGGGCCGGGGGCCACCGGGCAGGCUGCCGCUAAUUGGAUAGCCGGAUUCGGCCGAGGACCAACCCCGCCGACCUUAGUGGGGAUCAGGCAAGCCUCCCACCCCGGUAACAGGAGGCUUCUGGUGCUGGACGAGUUUAAAAUGGAGAAACGGAUCGGGAAGAUGUACUACAUAAUCACUCUGACCUUCCUGAUUCUGUGGGCUCCUUAUAUAAGCGCCUGCUACCUGAGAAUAUUUGUGCGCGGAGCUCCGGUGCCGCAGCUCUACCUGAGCGCUGCGGUGUGGAUGAGCUUCGCCCAGGCGGGGGCCAACCCCAUCAUCAGCUUCCUGUUCAACAAGGAGCUCCGGGUGCGCCUCAGAGCCUGUUUCCCCUUCUGCCUGGGAACACAGACCCCCAUGGAGCCCUACUGUGUCAUCUGAGGCCCCCAAAAUACUGCCAAAGACACAUGUUGUUUCAGAAUGUACGCAGACUGCUCCCCAAAAUGUGUUUACACACACACACACACACACACACACACACACACACACACACACACACACACACACACACACACACACAUAGGGAGGAUGUGGAGGGUGAACCCACUUCUGUUCAAUUUACUUGCAUUUUUUGUUUGUGGCAAAUAUUACCUGUUUUUUCAUAAUCUGAGCAAAACUUGAAUGUGAUGUAAAGUAAAGCUACAAAAGGCAUAUUAGGGGAUGUGAUGCUUUCCUAAAACAAUCCCCUUUGCCACGUUUUAAUUUACCCCUGUAGGGAAGAGCGGGUCAGUUGGGACACGUUUGUAUCUACACAAAAUAACAUUGUUUCUUUCAAACGUUACUUUUGACAAUAAUAAUAAUAACAGAUAUUGGUGCCUGCUGACAAUCAAACUCGUUUCAAAUGCCCAACCAAACAUGAAAGGCACACAUUUGUAAAGGGUAACCUUGUUUCGGGCUAGAAAAUUGUUUUCAUUUGAACUCCUUACAAUUGAUAUUUUUUCACACUUCUGGUGAUGAUAUUUUCAAGGUUUUCUAACUUGCUGCCACUUAAGUAAACAUUCACUUAGUGACGUAACAUAUGGUCUCCUUUUGUCCUGUAUUUUUUGUUAAUUAGAAACAGACUAUAAAUAAUACAAUCUCAAUUAAACCUGGCAACAUGUCCGACCGUCCUGAGAGAGCAGACACACUUCUUGAGCUACCUACAAAACUACAGCAAGCUAACACUAGCCUCAACCAACAGUCUAGAAAAACAAGCUCUCUAAAUAUACGGUUUAUGUUUACGGUAUUACUAAAAACAGUACGUUAGGGGAAACAGCUGAAAUUGACUUUUAUAUGGUGCCAUUUUUAAAGCUGUCCGACUUCGACGAGAGAAAUAGGUGUCAUUAUCCUGGAACCGCUGGAGUUCACUGGACGCAAUGUUGGGGAAAUUAUUACAGAAUCUGCAGUGCUCUGAGUGAUGCUCGGGACUGGGGAGGCUGCUGUCACUACCCGAUUUGAAUGCGCGCUCGAUUUGCACUGCGCAAGCGCGAGGUGGUCUGGCAUAGGCUAAAAUGAAUGACGCAUUUAAACUGGACGCAAAGCAAAGAUUUGCCAUGUGUGACUCGCACUUGUUUUACUGCGGCAUCAUUUGUGUUCACUCAAUAUACAUAUCAGAAUGAUGCUGAAAUAACUACACACUCAAACCUAUUUGCUUUGGUAUCUAAAAAAAACAAAACAUUUGAAAUGCUACGCUAAUCAGGCUAGGCUACGCUAACGUUGCUGCUCCUCCACCCAUACUCAAAAUCACAUCAUAUGGACAUAAAAUGUAUACAGGCGGAGAUUCUUAUUGCUGAUUGCGACAUGCACAUCUAUCAAAGCUCAAGUUGAACACAUUUUACUCUUGCAAACUGUGCCGCGUCAUUAGCACAACUGCCGCAAAUCUGUGUCCCUGCAUUUACUUUAUGUGUAAUCCCGUCAUGUGAAAAUCCGCUUUGCGUCCAGUGUGAACGCACGGUAAAAAGGGUGUGUACCAACUGACCCCGCUCUCCCCUACUGUGGGGGACAUUUAUCAUAGGAUAUAACCUGUCUGACAUGUAUUGUAUCAUGUUAUCUCCCACCCUCUGAUAUUUUGUUCGAUGUCCUAUUCAGUAUAUCAACCUUUUUGAUCCACUACUAUAUUGUACAUGAAUGUUACUUUGGCUAUUAGUUUGUAUAUUUUCAAAUUGUACCCGGGCACACUCGUUUGAGGUUGUCUGCCUUUUAAAGACUGAAACAGAGCUAUUUUAUCAGCCGAUCAGAGCCAGUUUCUCUGUGCCACACUGGCUUUCUAGUUGUUUGGAUACCACAAAUGAGACACAGAUCUCAGUAUAUUUUUAACGAGGACAGCCAGUGUCACAUUUGUAAAUACUGUAAAGCUCCUCUUCCUUUAUUCUUUCUGCUUUUUUUUUAAACCAGAAAUGUUGUAUAUUUCAUAAUCAACUGGGACUCUUUGUGUUUAAAAAGGUGUUAAAACUCACUUUAAAAGGCAUUUUGCAAAGUAUUCCUCUUCUUCAUGGGUCAGUUGUGUUGGAUUAAUCGGCAUUCCUUGAAUAAUAUGCUUUUUUGUACGCAUAGGGACAUGAACAUGGUAACAAUUUGGUGCUUUGGGAAAGGAUGUUUGCAUUGUUUGUAUUUCUCAGCAAAUA